UUUAUACACUGCGGUAUCUUGCGUGCAGUGUCAAAUUUAGCAAAUGUAGCAUAUUUAGCAUAUUUUCCAGUUCCCACCGUGGAACAUUUUUCUGUGAUUGCUUUUAAUUUCCGCAAGACGCCCGUUUGGGAAAUUUAUCAUUCCAGUGAGCAGAAUACAGGGUAGAACUGAUCGAAAAUUCCGCCCCCAAGGCAAAUGUCAAAUCCACGAAUUUUUGGUUAACCAGCUGUGUUUAUUUUGCAUCCUCCACAGCAGUUUAAUGCUAAAGUAGUGAAAACGUGACACCAGAAUUAAUCAUUUAUUGGAAGACAAGUGUUGUGUGUCUAUUUCUGUCCCGGGAAAAUCGAGGAAUCCUUAGUGGAAAAUGCAGUCUUAUACAAAAACAUAAUGCUCAUUCUAUGGACCAAAGUAAAAGUUUGUUAGAGUCUAGUUGCAGUCUUGAUAUCAGUGAAGUGAUAGCGCUUAGCAAAAAUGAGAAGCAAAAGGUGGCACGCAGACGCUGGGCCAUCCUGGCUAAGGCUCUCAAGAGCCCAGUAGGAAGCGAACCGUCAAGCCCCGUCGAAGAAUUUUCAGUCCGACGAAUUUCUUCCUUCAUGCUCCUACGGACACAGCAGCUGUCAUCCGUUCCUAAAACGAUAAACUCGCAAGAUUUCCGCAUUAACGACCAAAUCGCCAAACGCACAUGGUACAAAUACACCAUUCAAAUAGAUAGUUUAGAAUUCACCGUAAAAAUAGGCCACCGCAAUCGCACGUUCUCCGCAGAAGACCUCAUGGGCUUCAACAACACCGGCAACAUAUGCAUUUGGCCCUCGGAAGAAACCCUCAGCUAUUACGUCUGCUCCAACUUGUCCCUCUUCAAAGACAAAAAGCUCCUCGAACUGGGGGGCGGCAUGUCGUGCUUGGCCGGCCUUUUCGCCGCCAAGUUCGCCGCCCCGCUGGCGGUGACCGUCACCGACGGGAAUAAAGUGUCAGUGGAAAACGUUCAGGCGGCUUUGCACUGCAACGAGUUCGCCUGCCCGGUGGCUUGCAAGGUCUUGAAAUGGGGCCGCCUGCAAGGCGAGGAGUACGACGUGAUCCUGUGUGCCGAUUGCCUGUUUUUCGACGACGCUCGAACCGACUUGAUCGAGUGCCUGUGGAGCUGCUUGCGGCCGGAGGGGGUCGUUUUGGUUAUGGCUCCCAAAAGAGGCGGCACUCUUGACAACUUUAUUGCUCAAUCGGAAGCCAAAGGUUUUGCUUGUAAGAAAGUGCUGAAUUAUAGUCAAGUCGUGUGGGAGAAGAGGUUGACCUUGCUCGAGAAUUGCGAAUACGUUGAUGAUCUACACUACCCUAUUCUUAUAGAAGUGACCAAAGUAUAAAGUGACCUUAGUCUAAUAUUUACAAACCUUUAUUGUUAAUCUGUUAUAUUCCUUGUUACCUCUGUAUUAUCUAGUCUGAUUGUUAACCUUAUCUGUGAUAAUUAAUACCAAUUUCCUCCAAGUGUCAUACAGUUGUAAAUGUUAUUUAUUUAUUUAUUUUGUUUUAUUUAUUAGGAUUCUAGUCAUACGAUUGUUAAUUCUCCAUCAUUGUACUGAAGUGCUGUAUACAUGGAGUGCACUUGACACGUUAUUAACUCCUGUAUAUCUGCAGCAAUAAAUUAUUGCUAAUUCA